CAUGUUACAAAGACCUGGUGCGUGUACAGCAAACCACAGGGUUUCCCCAUCACAUAGCUGGGCUGUCAGAGAACUGUGACAGACAUUUCAUUCAAAGCUGUGUCACCAAGGGAGCUGGACUGAUCACUGUGCACACUGAGGACCCUUAAGGGACAAUUCUUCUAAUGAACAGCGGUCUCCUCACAACACGGAAGAUGAUGGAAGACAAAGGACCCCGUGUUGCCGACUACUUUGUCGUUGCGGGAUUAACAGACUCGUCGAAACCGCUUGAGGAGGAAAUCCACUUUAAUGAUGCCUGCCAUAAGAUAGCGAAACCAAAGGAACCCAUCACAGAUAUUACAGUGAUAAUUAAAUCCCUUGGGGAAGAGGUGCCUCAGGGAUAUGUCUGUAUGGACGAUACCCCGACUGGCCUGUCGGCGGACCUCAAUAAUGGGAGCAUCCGGGGCCCUCAGAUCUAUUUGUGUUAUAGGAGAGGAAGAGACAAGCCGCCUCUAACAGAUUUGGGGGUCCUGUAUGAAUGGAAGGAAAGGCUGAUACAGGGUUGUCACAUCAUCCAGACUACACCAUAUGGACGUCCUGCCAACAUAAGCAGUAGUACAUCCUCGCAGAAAGCCUACGUUACCUACCGAAGAGCCUCCGAAAACAUGACCCAGAAUACCUUGGCUGUGACCGAUAUUUGUAUAAUCAUCCCCAGCAAAGGCGAGACUCCACCACACACCUUCUGUAAGGUGGAGAAGAAUCUGAAUAGCAGCAUGUGGGGCUCGGCGGUGUACCUCUGUUACAAAAAGUCAGUUGUGAAAGCCAAUGCGGUAUCUUAUAAAGCUGGUUUAAUAUGCAGAUAUCCAGAAGAGGAUUACGAGUCCUUUCCUUUGCCAGAGUCUGUGCCUCUCUUCUGCUUGCCCAUGGGGGCGACGAUAGAAAGCUGGCCGUCCAACAGUAAUUAUCCGCUUCCAGUUUUUUCUACCUUUGUUUUAACUGGGGCAUCUGCUGAAAAGGUGUACGGAGCGGCCAUACAGUUCUAUGAGCCAUGUGGCCAUGAGCAGUUGACUGAAAAGCAGAAAGUACAGUUAGGACUGGCAAGCAACACAGAGGGGAGGCUGGAUGCCUCUAAGAGCCUCCAUGUCAGCAAGUGCAUCUGCCUCCUGUCUCACUGGCCUUUCUUUGAUGCCUUCAAGAAAUUUCUCACUUUCCUCUACCGCUAUUCCAUCUCCGGACCUCAUGUGCUCCCAAUAGAGAAACACAUCUCCCACUUCAUGCACAAAGUUCCAUUCCCUUCUCCUCAGAGGCCAAGAAUAUUGGUACAGCUGUCCCCGCACGAUACCCUGAUCCUGAGCCAACCUGUGUCCUCACCGCUUCCUCUGAGCGGAGGACGGUUUUCUACGUUACUGCAGAAUUUGGGCCCUGAGAACGCAGUCACUCUCCUGGUCUUUGCCGUCACAGAACACAAGAUUCUCAUCCAUUCCUUACGGCCGUCUGUUCUCACCAGUGUCACUGAAGCUUUGGUCUCUAUGAUUUUCCCGUUCCAUUGGCCUUGCCCAUAUAUUCCUCUUUGCCCUUUGGCCCUGGCGGAUGUGCUGAGUGCCCCAUGUCCUUUCAUUGUUGGAAUUGAUUCUCGCUACUUUGAUUUGUAUGAGCCCCCUCCGGACGUGAGCUGUGUUGACCUAGAUACCAACACCAUCUCUCAGACUGAGUGUAAGAGGAAUAUCACCUGGAAAAUCCUUCCUAAAAAGGCCUGCAAGAAUCUCCUGAAUACCCUCAGCAACCUGUAUCAGCAACUGGCUGAGUUGCAGCAAAGACCUAGGGAAGAUGCUCUGCUUGAAUUGGCCAUGAACGACUAUGACGUCAGCUCUGGAAAGAAAAUGCAUCAGCUGGAUAUGGAGAUUCAAGAGGCCUUCUUAUGUUUCAUGGCAUCCAUUUUGAAGGGCUACAGAGCCUACCUUCGGCCGAUCACACAGGCCCCUUCUGAGACGGCCACCGACGCCAGCUCCCUGUUUGAGCUCCAGGGCUUUUUAAAAAGCCGCGAUCGUUCCCACCACAAAUUCUACAAUAUGAUGACUAAAACCCAGAUGUUCAUCCGUUUCAUUGAGGAGUGCUCAUUUGUUAGCGAUAAGGAUGCCAGUCUGGCCUUCUUUGAUGACUGUGUUGAGAAGCUGUUCUCAGAAAGGAAUUGCGCAGAAAAGGGGGUCAAGGUGGAUGUAGACAAGUCUGGAGAUAUGCGUCUCAUCGAGCUGGAUGAGUCCCAUAGAAGUGAGCACACUGUGUUUAUUACACCACCCGAAAUCCCUCAUUUACCUAAUGGGGAGGAGCACCCAAAGAAACACAGUUACAAUGGGUUUCCUGUUCUCACAUUGGACCUUUUCGACACCCCAGACGGGCUCUUGAAAACCCAUAGUCUUUCCACUAAAGUUUCAGCACCCUGCAGUCCUUCUCCAAUGUUCAGAAGAACUAAACAGGAGAUCAAGUCAGCUCAUAAAAUAGCGAAACAGUACGCCUCUAUCCCCCAAAUGUGGUCCAGAUGUCUGUUAAAGCACUGCUACGGCCUGUGGUUUAUAUGCCUGCCCGCAUACGUCAAAGUCUGCCAUUCCAAAGUCAGAGCCCUGCGCACUGCUUACGACAUCCUGAGGAAGAUGCAAGCCAAGAAAAUCGACUCUCCCGAUGAGGUGUGCUAUCGCGUCCUCAUGCAGUUGUGCGGUCAGUACGGGCAGCCUGUGCUUGCAGUUAAAGUUUUAUUUGAAAUGAAGAAAGCCGGAGUGCAGCCCAAUGCCAUCACCUACGGAUACUAUAACAAGGCUGUUCUGGAAAGUGUGUGGCCCUCUGGGAACCGAGGAGGUUAUUUCUUGUGGAUAAAGGUCAGGAAUGUUCUUCAUGGAGUAGCCCAGUUUAAGAGAGCCUUGAAAAAGCAGCACUCUUUAGCACCACAUGCUACACCCUCAGACAGCAGUGAUCUGGAUGCCGUCAGUCAUGGCAGUAUGGACAGUUCUAUUGACAUGAAUGCAGCAGAUCAGCCUUCAUUCAGUGCAGAUGCUACCAGCACGGACCCUGCGGAUGACCGAUCUAGCACAGGUGGACAGUCUGAUCUGGGAUACAGCUCUUUAUCCAAGGAAGAGGUUCGCAGAGGAGCGGUGCAUGAUAUACAAGAAGAGCAGGAAGACUCUAGAGGGAGUGACUCUAGCUCAUUAUCGGAGACAGAGCGUUCUAAGGGCAGCCGAGACGGCCUUCCCCAGCUUCUUAGUCCCAUUUCUCAGGCCGCCAUAUCCACUUCCAGUAUUGUUCGGCAGGAGGUCAAACCAGACAAUAUGGCUGAAACAGUUGGUGCAGGAAAUGCCGCUGGACUACUAUUUGCGUCCUCCUUUGAAGAUGCCAGGGAAAGUGAAAUAUACCAAAGCUGGAGCUUACGGAAGAGGCACAAGAGCGCCUUGGAACCGGGUAUGAAAAAUUAUUUAGAAUGGGGAGCUAACAGCGGACAGUAUAAGCAAGAAAAUCUUACAGGGUUACUAAUCAGUGGCACUGACCAUAAACUGGGAGCUGAUGCAAAGAUACUCAGUGGAGCACAUCAAACAGGCAUUCCUCGGCCUAAGACAUUGGACAUCAAAAGGGCAUCUCCAAGGAAGGAACUUGUCACUGUGGCAAAGGAGUGGAGCGAUGAUGAAUCUCCAGUGGGGGAGGAUGGGUAUCCAGACAAGGCUGACUCUCCGGUCAUUUUUGACCUUGAAGACCUCGACAAUGACACUGUAGAAAGCAAGCCCCAAAAAUUGAGAAGCAUGAGCACAAGUUCCUCAACGACAGUGUUCCCGGGCAAGCCUGUGGAGAAGACAGAUGUAAAAGUCGGAUUAGACCCUCUGUCAAUGCUAGCAGCAGAGACUGAGCUAGAAGAAGAAACUGAGGAAGUGCUGGACAAAACCCUCUUGACUCCAUCUGCUAAAAGAGACCUUGCAGAAGAGAUUGAGAUGUACAUGAAUAACAUGAGCAGUCCAUUGACCAGUAGAGCUCCAAGCAUGGACCUUCAAAGGACCAGCUCUGAUCAGUAUAAUAGCUCUAAAGCUAUUCCACUCUGCAGACGCUCAAGUCUUCCCUCAACACCUCCACAGGCACCUAGAUUAACAAAGUCAAAAACUUACCAUGUAAAAAAUGAGGAGAGACAACGUGGCAGGUUGUGGUCCUCUCCUGCGUACUCAUUGGGAAGUCCAAAAACAGAACACCCUCCAGAUUCUACAGUUGCAUUGAUGUCUCCAACAUCUUUUAACUUUGACACAAUUCUUACUCCCAAGCUUGAUGUGCUGAAGAGCAGCAUGUUUUCUGCUGGAAAAGGAGUUGCUGAGAAGGCCACCAAAUGGUACUCAAAGAUUGCCAACUACACUGGCCCAGCAAAGGAUCAGAAUUCUGACCGUAUGAGCCUGUGUUCGAGUGGGGCAGGAGAUGCAGAAUCAGGCUCUGUCAAUGAAGAUGACUUUGAAGGCAUCACCUGCCCCCGUGACAACGACCUCACCACCAACAGCUCAGUGGGGAUGAGUAGAACCAGCCUGGAGAGCAACAAUUCCCAAGAGGGCAACUCAAAGCAGCUGUACAACAGAAGCUCCCCUUCUAGGAUCACGAUAAACUACAAACCUGAACUGCAAUCCUCCUGCAAUUCCAGUAGUACCAGUGUCUUCCAGAACUAUGCCAUGGAGGUCUUGAUCUCCAGCUGCUCGCGGUGUCUGACAUGUGAAAGUCUUGUCCAUGAUGAAGAAAUUAUGGCCGGCUGGACAGCAGAUGACUCGAAUCUGAACACAACAUGUCCCUUCUGCGGCAGUCCCUUUCUACCAUUCCUAAACAUUGAAAUCCGAGAUUUGCGCCACCCUGGCAGAUACUUCCUGAAAGGCAGUCCUUCUACAGAAUGUAUGCCGAUUCCUUCCGGUUCAUCUCAGAGACCCAAGUCUGAAAUUAUUACUCCUGCAUUUUCUCUUACUCCAAGCAAAGCAAAAUCUGAGGAGACUAAAGUCAGGAUUAUACAGAUCCCGACUGGAAGAAGGAAGAACAACAGCGAGUCGACAUCUCCAAGUCUGCCUGUGGUCAGAAGCAUCAGUACGUUCAGCCCUUUGGACGAGAAGCCAUCUUGCAAUCUGAGCCAUGUUUCGACUGGCAGCCUGCCUACUAACUUUCAGACGACCGCUGACUCUCUGGACUGGAGGAUGUCCCACCCAGAGCCAAUCACUGUCCCUUACCUCAGCCCCCUUGUAGUGUGGAAAGAACUGGAAAGCCUGCUGGAGAAUGAGGGGGACCCAGCUAUUACCGUGCCUGGUUUUGUCGACCAUCACCCCAUUGUUUUCUGGAACUUGGUGUGGUAUUUUAGGAGAUUGGACCUUCCGAGUAAUCUGCCUGGAUUAAUCUUGUCUUCAGAACAUUGCAACAGACAUACCAAGAUUCCUAGGACCUCAAUGUCUGAAGACAGCAAACACAUCCUUAUUCAAGUCUUAUGGGACAAUCUGAAGCUACACCAGGAUCCGAGGCAGCCGCUGUACAUCCUGUGGAACAGUUUGACCCAGGAGCAUCCACUGGCCAUUGCCCAGCAUAAACAGGAGGAGAGGUGUAAUCAGGAGUUUCUCCAAGGUCUGGUGAGGAGCAUUAAGAACAACAACGUGUAUGGUCCUAUGAGCCAGAUCCUGGAGUCCCUGCAGCAUAAUCCAAAGAAUCUGCGACAGAGGAGUUUGUACAGAGAGAUUCUGUUCCUGUCUCUCGUAGCUCUGGGGAGAGAGAAUAUUGAUAUAGAUGUGUUUGACCGAGAAUACAAACUGGCUUAUGAUCGCCUUACCCCGGAGCAGGUGAAGUGCACCCAGAUCUGUGACCGUCCUCCAAGUACAGGGGUCACAGAAUGCAGGAAGACAUUUGGGCAGCCGUUCCUUUGAGGGCCUACUGAUCUGCCACCACUUCGUGGAUAUCGGAGCCAGAUCUCAGCACAUACACGUGUGUUCUAGGAGAUCCAGCGUUGGGAACAAGCAAUAUGGGAGAUUUUUCUGCUAGCACGAGGAAUUUGUGUAACAGACUGAUGAGAGGCGGGCAGGGCCUAUUGUCUAUAUAACCUGGCCUGCGCAGAGCUGGAAGUUCAGGUUUGUGCAUUAUAGAAAGAGGAAGGCGAGAGAUUUCCAUCAUUCCGGGUGUUGUAGUUUACACCGAAUAUUUAUACUUAAUGUUAUAUAAAAUCUUUGUGUACAGUAGGUAGAAAUGCCUAGUAAGUCCUUACCGUACCAUUUUAUAUUUUCUGAUGAGAGUCCUGAGCAAUGAACUUGUUUCAUAGGCAAUAUGUUACUGUGCCUCAUAGUGUAGGCACCAACUCAUCUUGAGUUAUCAUCUAUUAAUUUAUUACAAGUCCUGGGUGCCGUGUGGUUUACGCAGUGGAGGAUCUUCAGCUGACUGUGGAUUACCAUGACUGGAGGAGGAUUUCUGCAUUGGAUCUGCAAUAAAUUGACUAAUCCUGUACCCACUGAAUGAUGCAGUUAGCUUAGCUAUGAUGGUGGUUGAAUUGACCCACUGGAGCUAACUGGCUACAUGUACCCAUCUCUGUUCUUUCCAUGUGUUACGGUAAUUUUAUAUGUUUGGAAUGCUUUCAUUAUUAUGAUACUUAGAGAGAGUUGGUUCACUUAAGAGGUUGUAUAAUUAACGAACAAGCAUAUGCCAUUUCCAUACCCAGAUGGUCUGGUUUAGACAACCCUUUUCCAUGUGGCCUCCUGGGGCACACAAAGUGACCACCAUGGCUCUCUUCUUCACAUAACACUAUUGAAUUCAGUGUCAUGACAAAGGCUCUCAGCCUUCUACUCCACCCUCAUAAUCAGCAUAGGUCCAAGGGACCAGCAGACUCCUUGAAUAGAUGAAUUGUGUCCAUUUUCUAUAUUUUAACGCUACUUGCACAUUACGGUUAUCAGUCUUACUGUAUACGCAAUAUAUAGCGCUGGUAAAGGCUCCACUGUUAGUCAGCCUCGUACCUACCUAUCUACUCCGAGAAGCCUCAGGGGGGCUUGUUGUUUACACACUCAGAUAUGAAUGAAUUCUAGUGCACUUAAUGCUGUUACAUUCCAAUAUUAGCAGUGCUAUAGAUUAUUAUAAGGCAUUUGCUAUUUUGUAAGAAUGGUAUAUAAUGCUUAGCUGUAAAACACACACUGUUCUGUAUAAAGGCCAAUAUUCAUCCACAGGGAACUGUACUGCACACGUCACCUCCAUACUGGAAAGCUCGCCAUUAUCAACGGGUUAACUCUCCUCUGGUCAUCAUCUCAUUCUUCUGUCUAAUGGUACUGUCCGGAGCUGUACAUUCUGUAGAUUUGUAAUAUUUCCAGAAAUAAUAUACUGAGAAGAGAUGAGUUUAUUAUUAGAAAUCCCCUUUAUUUUUGUGGUAAGAGGCUCGUUUACAUGGGUCAGACAUUUCGGUUAUAUAGAGGGUAAGAAUGCAGCAUUGCAGAAGGCAGUGCAUAGACCAGGAGUGCAGAGCGUCAGAAGAGAAGUCGUGUCAGAUGUAGCACUGUUACUGCCCAGGCCACUCUGGAGAGAAGUUACAGGUCCCUUGUGGUUUACAGGCGCACGGGCACUGCCAGGAACCACUUGUGUACUGAAAGAUACGGUAUAUAUGAAGUUGGUUUACUGAUGACAUGUAAGCUCUUUUCAUGGCUGUUACCAUGUGACCUUUUGUUGUGUUCCUUUUAUUUAAUUAAAUGUUUCAAGAU